AAUCAUGGCGGAGAAUGAAACCCUGGAGUGUAUAACGGAGCACGAACGGAUUUUACAGGAAAUAGAGAGCACCGACACAGCGUGUGUUGGUCCUACUCUCCGGUCCAUUUACGAUGACCAGCCCAAUGCCCACAAGCGCUUCAUGGAGAAGCUGGACGCCAGGAUAAGGAACCAUGACCGUGAGAUCGAGAAGAUGUGCAAUUUCCACCACCAAGGCUUCGUGGACGCCAUCACAGAGCUCCUCAAAGUCCGCACAGAUGCAGAGAAACUGAUGGGCCAAGUGACAGACACUAAUCGAAGACUACAAGAAGCUGGGAGGGAGGUGACAGCUCAGACAGAGGAGGUGAUUCGCUGUCGGAUCCAGCAGAGGAACAUGGUUACCACUGUGGAGAAACUCCAGCUCUGUAUACCAGUGCUAGAAAUGUACAGCAAACUUAAGGAGCAGCUGGAAUCCAAAAGAUACUAUGCUGCAUUGAAAACCAUGGAGCAGCUGGAGAAGGUCUACAUCCCAAGAGUCAGUCAUUACAGGUUCUGUCAGAUCAUGGCUGAAAACCUGCCCAGACUCAGAGAGGAGAUCAAGGAGAUCUCCAUGUCGGACCUCAAGGACUUCCUGGAGAGCAUCAGGAAACACUCUGACAAGGUUGGAGAGACCGCCAUGAGACAGGCACAUCAGCACAGGACUUUUAACAGUGCAGUAGCAAAGCAGGCCAGUAUGGGCCACUACACCAAGCCUGUGUACUCCCUCAAUGGGCGAACACACACUCACACUCACAACGGCUUGUUGAUGGACGACGACACAGGAGAUGAGGAGGAAGGCGAUGAAGAGGUUCUUACAGCUCAGGACCUGGUAGACUUCUCGCCUGUUUACAGGUGUUUACACAUUUACACUGUGCUGGGUGACAGAGAAACAUUUGAGAACUACUACAGGAAACAGAGGAAAAAACAGGCCCGGCUAGUACUGCAGCCACAGUCUAACAUGCACGAGACUGUGGAAGGCUACAGAAGAUACUUCAACCAGAUUGUAGGGUUCUUUGUUGUGGAGGACCAUAUCCUCCAUGCUGCAAGGGGGCUGGUGACCAGAGCUUUCACUGAUGAACUGUGGAACAUGGCCCUGUCCAAGAUCAUCGCUGUGCUCCGCACACACUCUUCAUACUGUGAUGAUCCAGACCUCGUCCUGGAGCUGAAGAACCUCAUCGUCAUCUUUGCUGACACACUACAGGGUUAUGGUUUUCCUGUGAACCGGCUGUUUGACCUGCUGUUUGAGGUCAGAGACCAGUACAAUGAAACUCUGCUGAAGAAGUGGGCGCUGGUUUUCAGGGAGAUCUUUGAGUUGGACAAUUACAGUCCCAUCCCAGUGGAGACAGAGGAGGAGUAUAAACUGGUGAUCAGCCGCUUCCCCUUCCAUGAUGCAGAGAUAGAGAAGCAGGACUUUCCUAAGAAGCUGCCAAUGUCCCAGUCUGUCCCUCAGAUCUACACACAGGUUAAAGAGUUCAUAUACGCCAGCCUCAAGUUCUCAGAGUCACUACACCGCAGCUCAACAGAGAUUGACGAUAUGUUGCGAAAAUCAACCAACCUGCUGCUGACGAGAACACUCAGCAGCUGUCUGCAAAACCUCAUUAAGAAACCUCACAUAGGACUAACUGAGCUGGUGCAGAUCAUCAUUAACACCACCCACCUGGAGCAGGCCUGCAGGUACCUAGAGGAGUUCAUAACAAACAUCACCAACGUCUCCCCUGAAACAGUGCACACCACAAGACUCUAUGGCUUGUCCACUUUCAAGGAUGCUCGUCACGCUGCAGAGGGAGAGAUUUAUACCAAACUCAACCAGAAGAUCGAUGAGUUUAUCCAGCUGGCAGACUAUGAAUGGGGCAUGGCUGAGUCCGACGGCCGCGCCUCUGGAUAUCUCAUGGACCUGAUCAACUUCCUGCGUUCCACUUUCCAGGUCUUCACACACCUCCCGGGUAAAGUGGCUCAGACAGCGUGCAUGUCAGCCUGUAAGCAUCUUUCCACGUCACUGAUGCAGAUGCUGCUGGACACAGAACUGAAACAGAUCAGCAUGGGGGCGAUUCAGCAGUUCAACUUGGAUGUCAUUCAAUGUGAAUUGUUUGCCAGCUCUGAGCCGGUUCCUGGUUUCCAAGGAGACACACUCCAGCUGGCCUUCAUUGACCUACGACAGCUCCUGGACCUGUUCAUGGUGUGGGACUGGUCAACGUACCUGGCAGACUAUGGCCAGCCAACCUCCAAAUACCUGAGAGUGAAUCCAGCCACUGCCCUGGCUCUACUGGAGAAGAUGAAGGACACCAGUAAGAAGAACAACAUCUUCUCUCAGUUUAGGAAGAAUGACAGAGACAAACAGAAGCUGAUAGAGACAGUGGUCAAACAGCUGAGGAGUCUGGUCAACGGCAUGUCCUCCUAAACACACACACACACACACACACACACACACACACACACACACACACACACACACACGCACACACACACACAAAAAGAAUGAAACAUGCAUGCAGUCUCAUGCACACACUCAACUGCCAAGACGCUUACUGAGGGAAGACAUUUUCACACACCUAAUGAAGUGACAACACACACACACACACACACAGAGAGAGAGAGAGCAGGACAGCGACACACAACACCACAUGAAGGCACAGCAAUACACACAAUGUACAAGGCAUGCAGGGAACUGAUUCCUAGCAAAUACAACACACACACACACACACACACACACACACACAUAUGAAAUCAUAUCCUCUCCUUACUGUUAUACCUGACUCAAUACCCAGUGUAAAUAACACACAUGCACGCACACACACACACACACUUAACAGUUUACUGGACUCUUCACAUGAAUGAACAGUAAAAUGUUUGUAAAGUAUUUUUAAUGGCUAUGAUAAGACAAACUAUGUUUUGUACAUUUGUGAGAGUGCAAUGAUUGUAGAGGCAGAGGAGGAGACAGACACAAGUACUGGGACAAUGAAGGACAAUUCAUAUGUUUAACACAAAAACAGAUUUAUUACAAAUGUGUCAGAUUAGAGCACAUUUAUGGAUGAAGUUGGAAUGUAUUUUUUAGCAUUUCAUUCACAAAUAUACGACAAAAUAAUUGGUAUAUUCAUAAAAAUCCUUCAGUAAAAAAGUUCAGAUGAGCAUCUUUUAGAUUGGAUGAAUCUAUGAUACAUUUAGAGGCAAAAUAUCAAACAAAAGUAGGUUGAUCACAGCGUUAUCUUUACUUUAACACCUGGGCAUCCCUUAAAUAUCUCAUGUCAAAAGCUGAAGAAAUAUACAUAGAUGACAGUAACACAGAGAGAAAUGUGCAGACAGGAAAUCAAGCCCCAUUAGGAGAAAUCAGGCUCCAUAUGUAAUCACACAUU